AUGCUCUCCCAAUCUCUUUUGACUGCCCUGGCUUUCAGCACCGUCAUCGUCGCCCAGCCUAUGGGAUCUGACACAAGGCCGCAGACGCUGAUCCAGUUCCCAUUGAAGCGCCAGGAGAUCCAAUGCAAUGGCGGGCCAGGUUCUAUUUAUGUCAAAGCAAAAGACAUGGCUGCUUCGUUCAAGGACGGCACUGAAGCCCACCCUGCGGAGGACGAGAAUAUACCUCAGAGUUGUCAGACUUACGGAAAAGGUGUGUUUGUGGUUUCAAACUCGACAGUUCCGUGCCAGUCUUCUCAACAACACGAUUUCCUCCGCAGUGAUCCUACUAGGCCUAAGCAUAUCUAUUGCCAAGUCAGUCUUUGGGGCUGGAAGAACACAGAUGGACCCAAAACGCUCGUCGGGGACAUCAAGAAGGACGGUGCAAUUUGCGCCAUUACGGCAACUGACGCACCACAUGCGUCGUUACAGGAUACAUCCUUCACACCAUGUGAGAAUGCCCCAGUUCAGAACUAG